AAGAGAAGGAAGAAGAAAGCAAUUACUAAAUUGUCAACUUUUUCUUCCACUUCCAAGUCUGUCUGCCUUUAAAACGUUGAAGUGCGUCUGAAUGAGUGACACGUCCUCGGAGUUGGAUGUGAGGAUGGGUCACCCUUCGCCGUCAGUGCUGGCCGUACUCUGUCUCAUUUCUCUACUUGGGUGUGUAAAAACUCGAGCAGAACCGAAGCCUUUCCUCACCGUGUCUCCAUCAUGGCCGACUCAAGGAGCCUCAGUGACCCUGAGCUGUGAGGUCAAACCUUCAUCUUCAGAAUGGAGGAUCUUCUGGUAUAAAGCUGUUCCUGAUCUGAGGAACAAGAACUACAGAUAUGAGCUGCUCAACGGUAGCAUCCAUGGGACUAAAGAGAACUCCUUCAUCAUUACUGGACAGAAACACUCAGCAGGAUUUGCAUGUAGAGCUGGAAGAGAAAACCCAGAGAUAUCAACUAGUUAUAGUGAGCCAAAGUUUGUCUGGUCUGCAGAUGCUCGUCCAGCAGCCUCUCUGACCGCCAGUCCUGACAGAGAGAAACACUUCACUUCUCAAAACGUCUCAUUAAAAUGUGACGGAAAAUCUACCGACGGGAGAAUAAGAUAUUAUAGACAAAUAAACACUCAGUCGUAUCUAUAUGACUGCUCCACCUGGUGGACGGUGAAUGAAUCCUCAUGCAUCGUCAACAGCCCGUCGGACUAUCAAGCCGUGUACUGGUGUGAGUCUGGAUCAGAGUUCAGCAAUGCAGUCAACCUCACUAUAUACAAGCCGAAGUCAGUCCUGACUGUGUCUCCAUCGUGGCCGACUCCUGGAGCCUCAGUGACUCUGAGAUGUAACCAUGACGACCAGUCUCCAGGUUGGCGGUUCUACUGGUAUAAAGCUGUUCCUCAUAAGACUGAUCAUGGCUACAGACAUGAGCUGCUGCCUGGUAGCAUCAGUGGGACUGUGCAGGAUUCAUUCAUCAUACAUGAACAGAAUCACACAUCAGGAUAUUCAUGCAGAGCUGGAAGAAGAAACCCAGAGCUUUUCACUGAUUACAGUGAACCAAAGUUUGUCUGGUCUGCAGUCUCUCAUCCAGCAGCGUCUCUCUCAGUGAGUCCUGACAGAGAGCAACACUUCACCUCUGAGUCUGUGACUCUGAACUGUGGAGGAAACUCUGCUGAGUGGAGAGUGAUGAGGGUUUCACCAUCAGGUCACCUGACCCAGAUACCAAAGUGCUCUCACUGGGGGAAAAUGUCUGGAUCCUCAUGCAUCGUUAAAUAUCAGUCGAACCCUAAAUCAGUGUUCUGGUGUGAGUCUGGAUCAGGAGAGUUCAGCAACGCAGCCAACGUCACCUUACACACUAGAGAUCUUCUCCUGGUGAGCCCCGUCCAUCCUGUCACUGAAGGAGCUUCUGUUACUCUGAGCUGCAGAAUGAGAGGAGAAAACAAACUUUCUAAUGUGACUUUCUAUCAUAAUGACAAAUUGAUCCAACAUGACAGCACAGGAGAGCUGAAUAUCUCUGCAGUGUCUCAGUCAGAUGAAGGUUUCUACAAGUGUGAACAUUCAGGAAACGUUUCACCUCAGAGUUGGAUGGCUGUUGAAGGUGUUUCCAAACCUGGGAGCUCUUCAUUUCCAGUGCUGUUGGUCCUUGGUGUAGUUUGUGGAUCCGUAUUUGUCAUUCUGCUGCUCCUGCUGUGUGGCUUUAGGCUUUCACAAGGUUCUUCCCACAGGGUGAUCCAGUCAGAGAUCGCUGAUCAGCGAUCUUCUAUAGAUCAGCCUCUCAAUCAGACCAAUGAGCGCAGCUCGUCUUCUCAUGAUGAAGAUGAAGCCGGUGAUGUCACAUACGCUCACAUUAAGUUCAAAAACGCCAAAAGAGGCAGAGUCCAACACAGUACGCUGGAUAUGAAAGGGAGGACUCACGACCCAGAAGAGGGCGCUGUUUACUCCGAUGUGAGGACGGCAGCUGCAGAAGCACUGAGUGCUGCAGCAGCUGACGCAGCGCUUUACUCUGAAGUCAGGAAAGGACCUAAGAAGAGAGUAAGCUAGUUGGGUUAACGCUAAACUGCAUGUUAUUUAAUAGAGCACAUAUUUUUAUAAAGGUCAGGUAAGCAUUACCUGAAUGAUCUUAUUUCACAAGUCCUGUCAGUGAGCUCCAUAUAUAAAACCAAAACUAUCUAUUUUUUUGCAAAGCCAGUUAUAUUUUGUUUUCUACCUAAACACCAGACAUUUUUUCUCUUAUUUAUGGAACAUGUUGACUCAGUAAUGUUUUUAUCUAUUUUAUAUCCCUGUAAAUAAAAUAAAUGCUUUUAUUUGUGCCAUUCCUAAUAUCUGGUGCCAUUUGACUGUUGUAAAUCUAAAUAAAUAUUAAUAUAUAUAUUUUCUUUCUUGAUUUUUAUUAUUUAAUCUGAGAACACGCUUGUUAGACUACAAGAGAAUAAAUCUUGCUUUUUUUUUA